CGCGAACCCAACAAAGUCCUCCAUAUUCACUUCUACAGCAAGUUCAUAUAUUCCGUAAUAUGAUGAAAUCAGGCUGUGUAGCCGGAGGCUGCCGGAACGUCGAGAGCCCCCUCAACCUCAAGUGGCCCGAAGGAGAAAAAAAGUUUCUCAAAAAGUUAAUUAUUGAAAACGAGAAAUUAGCCAAGAACUCCUCUCCUCUUUCCGACCGCUCUCAAGGACCCACCAAGUCCAGGAGUCUUCCUUCUGAUUUUGAGCCAUCGGAAUGUAGCGAAGGGUAUUCUUAUGCAUACAGCAGGAGGAGAUUCAUCGGAAUCUACAGGUUCACGAUGAAGAAAGAGGAAGAGAGCGUCGUGAAGAGGACUAAAAGGUGGUUUAGGGAGAGGCGCCAGAGGAAGAGCAGAAAGUCACAAUUGGACAAGUCUGUGAACGGUGGUUCUGCAGGUUGCUUUCCUUUGUCCUGGUUGAAGGUGUUGCUGGUUUGCGUUGCUGAAGUUGAUGUUCAUGAUCAUGUCCAGAGUUCUGUAUGUCGAACGACCGCUCCAACUAAGGUCUAUCCCAAUGAGUUUCUGGCUUCUUAAUUAUCAAGCAAUUUAGGACAUUGAAAUGUUGUCUUUCAGUCAUCACUCUGUACUUAAAAAACAUCUGUACAAAGUAGGAAAAGCAUAAACAUCAAUUUCUUGC